AAGACUUCAACCCAACCCACUGUUUGGUAGAAAACAAGCGAACCUCAUUAAAAAGGUCAUUAGUCGCCAAUAACACGCUAGGGAGAAGUAGUUGAGGCAGAAUAUUGAUUCUUCGACCCCCGAUCAAAAGUUGAGGUAAGCUUUCAGUUUCUUUUGAUUCACUGUCACCAGUCGUUGCUGUUGUGCUGUUAAUAGCCAUACUAAAACUCAAACGAACAAAAGAAAACGCGCAUACUGCAUGUUUCACAAUCUUAUAAGAAUAAGAGCGAGCCGGAGUAGAUCUUCAACCAUGAAGUUGCUUCAAGUGCGCGUGAUGACAAUCAUAAUCUGCAACUGCAUGCGCACCGUUUCUGGGUUGUUGGCAAGAGUUUAUAAUUGUUCAACAAGAUGUUAAAAAACGUAAGGGAUUAAGCUUAUCUUACCUAAAAAGGCAGUUAACCAACUUAAGCCCGUCAGAAGCUGAAAGAAGAGUUUCAGCUUGCCACACUAAAUGACUUUGAUGCCGUAUGAUUUUUACAUCAAUAUCUAAAUAAUAAUAAUUGGAUCAAAACAAUUUAAUUGAAAAAUAAGUUCCUUUUAAAGCAAAUGCGACUAAAAAGUUACGAGCGUUUUUGUCUUCAACGGUCAGCAAAGCGAUACGUUAAAUGAAUUUUCAACACACCUUGAAUCGGCAGAUCAAAUCAAACUGUAGCAUCCGCAAAAUUCAAAACUCGCCCACAUAAAUAGCGUCGUACCUAAUAAAAAAUUCUUCAAAGAUUCCUCAAUUAUUCUUUAAUCAUUAAUUCAUAACACCCUAUUUUCGUAAAUGAGUCUUCUCAGAGCUAUGUUCGAACCAAGGUUUAAUCUGCAUUCAUGUACACGUAACAUUUUGUUCUUACACUUUAUCACAUUAACAGUACAAUAUUGCAUAGAAACAACAUUAAUUCUUAUCUGGCAUUCAAGAUUCUACAGCAACUGAGUUAAAUGGCAUGAUACCGAGAGAUAAGUUUCUGAUAGCCUCCUUAUGUACGAUCACUCAGGUUCACAACAUUGAAACUCCAUUAAAAGUAUCAUUAAGGUGUUUCCCAUAAUUAUGACGAUGGUUGAAUAAUUGAAAUAACUGCGAGCAAGGUAUUUGUGCAAAACAGCGUUUUAGCCUUGUCAUACAACUGGAAAAAUGAUUACUAUAGGUCAAAUGUGAGAGAUUUCGACGGAAGACUAAGUUGACAAAAAUGUGUUAUGGCGUGGAUAAAUUACAAGCUUAAACAUAUCGUGUUGUUACUUUUCCAUAAGAGGUCCACAAGUCCUGCCGAUCACUGGCCUCGUGCCUGUGGCAAACUGGGCUAAAUCGGUCUGAAUUUCCUGUGAGAUCAUAUUUUAGGACUUCCUCCAGCGUUUUAGCCUUGUUGAAGGAUUAAAACAAUCCAUGAGAGAGAUCCCCGUUGGUAAACAUUUAAGCGUUUGCCAACAUAAGUUUUUUUCUUCAGGUAUUCAGGCCCCUCUGUGGUGCAAUUUUUAUUAGGGUCUUCUUCAAAAUUUGACAGAUCUUAGUAAAAGACUGAGCGCACAGGAAGAAAACUCGGUAAAAGGCACGUAUCGUAUAUCUAUCCUGAUGACAUCCUGCAAGAACAAAGAUGUUUUGAAAUGGAAUACUGGAAUAUUUCACACAGCAAACGUCACGAAGGGAAACCAUAACUCAGAAAGAUAAAACUUAAUUAGUUAAAAAUGAUAAAUGUAUAUUUUAGUUCUGCCCACUUUAGUGAUGCAAAACAAUAAAAUCAUGUUAGCUUUCAAUCUACUAUGGAAUAUCAUGAGCUUCAUAAGAGCUAAAUGCGUCAAAUGGCCUCUAAUUAUCGAUUUUGAGGAGGUGAUUUGAAAAAAUAAUUUCUAAAACAGUAAAUAACUAAUCUCAUUGGAGCGUUAGUGAGUGUAGCUGGCGAGGAGCUUACAAAUAUUAGAACGCACUAUUUUUUCAGGGUCUGGUUAUAGCUUCCAGGUUUUUGAGCCUUGAAAAAGAGGUGAAAAAGAGGGCUCCACGGUAUAAAAAUCAGGCUGCAAAUGUUCGUCGGCAAAUUUUAUUUCAAUUAAAUGACUUGAAAUGCCCUUCAGAUUGCAGAAAUGGCGUCUUUUUAUUGGAAAGCAGUCUUUCUCCUAUGUUGGAUGGUCGUGGUGUCCGUGGCCCGUCGUAGACAACUAACAAAGAACCCCAACCGCACGAGGGACCAAAGAAGAGGUACGUAGUCCUGUCAGAUUAUUUGGAAUUUGGUCAUUCACUUACACGAAAGGAGAUCACACGUGAACCUACAAUCACCAUUUGACAACGAGGUGAUGUGAAGAAAAUCUUGACUGCAAUCCUUCUCAAUUCUAUUCCAUAGCAUAGUGAAAACUGAAAUCAAGAGACAGAGAUGGGUUUCCAUAUCACCAAUGUGUAAUCAAUCAAAUUAUUUUAAGUCCGAAGUCACUUUUCCUUGUGGCUAUGAUAUUUAGAAUAUCGAUAUUUCAUGUAUCCCAGUCGUACAACUAUAUUUUCUUAUUUGGUGCAAUAACCUUCAAUGUAGACGCAUUGUCAUUACUGACAGAGAAUCAAUCUGGUGAAGAAUCAAGAGCAAAGAAAUGGAAAACUCUUGUAGUAACCAGCCAAAACAAAAAGCCCUUAUUAAUUUUCGCUUUUUGUUCUUAAAGGGAAAACUGCAACAAGCGAUUUCUGGUGUCCAACAUGUCAGGGACCCACAAAGGAAUCCUGUGAUGGCAGCUCAACAAACACAACUUGCCCCAAAGCGGCCUUUUGCAUGGCAGUCUGGGACAAAAACAUGUUUGCCCGGAAAUGUGUUAACAGAAAGAUGCUCGAUGUACUUACGGAAAAUUGUGCCAAUGUUAGCCCCAUGGCGUGGAAAUGCAGGCGACGAAAUAAGCCAUACCACUUGUCCUGGUGCGAACAAUCAGGCUGCAGAGCUAAAGUACCGGGAACCGUAAACAAACCCGACCCAUUUUGGUGCCCAACCUGUCAGAGCUCCUCCCAAGAAUCAUGUGAUUCCAAUUUGGCACAAACAGCUUGCCCCAAGGCAGACCUUUGUAUGACAGUGCAGGAUGAGAACGUUUUCGUUCGGAAAUGCGUCAACAGGAAGAUGCGUGAACUGGUGACCAAGGACUGCACGAGAGCUGUUGGAUUCGAGGAAUGGGUAUGCCGCAAAAAGAGACGGUACCACGUUACAUUUUGUGACCAAUCAGGAUGCAAAGCAGAGUUUUCUAAAGUGACCAAAGAUCAUCACCUUGAUGAUGAAGAAGAGGUGAUGAAACCUUUCUGGUGUCCAACUUGUCAAAGCAAUUCAGAGGAGUCCUGUGCUGCUACUGUCACCAACACAACUUGCCCCAAAGCUGAUUUCUGCAUGGCCUUGUGGGAUAAAAACGUCUUCACAAGGAAGUGUAUCAAUAAAAAGAUGCUUGAUGCGCUGACUAAAAACUGCAGACUUGAUAGCUCAAUGAAAUGGCAAUGCAAUGGAAAGCGAAGUUAUCACAUGACUGUUUGCAACCAGCCAGGCUGCACAGCUAAAGUAUCAGAAAUUUCUACAGAAAAUGAAAUCCCCGAGGAUCCUUCCUUUAAGUGCCCCACCUGUCCGAUAUGCAAGAAUUCCCAGCAAUGCGACAGUGAAAUGAUAAUGACCGAAUGUUCGAUGGCUACCCGCUGCAUGGUGCUGCGUGUGAAUGGUACUGCUGACGUCGAAAGCCUUUUUACACGCAGUUGUGUAACUGAAAAGAUCUUUAAAGUGAUCAAGAGAGGUUGCAUAAACAGACAUGGUUGUGAAAUUGCUUCCUGUACUCAGUCUGGUUGCAAACCUGUGUUAAGCUGACACUUUAAAUUUUUGUGACAAUUACUUCGUGAACGCUUCGUUUCCCCCCUGUUUCUGUUAUGUGCUACAAGUGCAGAGCCCGUUAUGCAAAACAUAUUUUAAGCAUAUCAGACACUUUGUCCAUGUAAACGUCGUAUAAUAUACCACAUUCUUCCUUCGUUUAUUCGAAGGCUUAAUUACUUCAAAUUGUGAUACAUUUCUAGAGUAAUAUAUAAAUUUUUCCAUCCACAGAGGACACAAGCUAGCCAAGUUACUUGUUAAAAAGUAAAGACAACCUCGUCUGACCCUAUAAUUCUGAAUGAUCUACAUAGUGUCUGCCAUAUUCGGAAGGCAACGCAAUUAAAUUUUAAUUUUUAAUCGCAGGUUUCUCACAAGCAAUAUCUGUAUGUUGCGGUGUCAAAGUAAAGAUAUAUAUAACCAAAUAAAGAUAUACUAGUUACGACCUC